GACCAGCAGGAGGAUUAAUGUUCACCCUCUGAGUCCAGCAGAGACUGAGAAACUGAACAAAGGUCUUUCCUUAUCAACUCACCUACAGGAACCUGCAGCAGGAAUGGAGAAAGAAACGGCUCCACUUAUCAUAGACAACGGCUCCGGUUUUACCAAAGCUGGAUUUUCUGGAGAUGAUUUCCCCUGUGCCGUCUUCCCAUCAGCUGUAGGCCGGCCCAGGAACCAGAUUCUGGCAGUGGGAGGUGGACAGAGGGAAAACUUUGUGGGAAAUGAAGCCCUCAGUCACAGAGGAAUUCUGAGCAUAAAGAAUCCCAUAGAGCGCGGCAUCGUCACCAACUGGGACGACAUGGAGAAGAUCUGGCAUCACACCUUCAACCAUGAGCUUCAUGUUGAUCCCUCAAAGCAUCCAGUCCUGCUGACUGAGGCUCCUCUCAACCCUAAACCAAACAGGGAAAAGAUGACACAAAUCCUGUUUGAGACCUUCAACUCUCCUGCCAUGUAUGUGGCCAUUCAGCCUGUCCUGUCAAUGUAUUCCUCUGGUCGUACCACGGGUAUCGUGAUGGAUUCAGGUGAGGGUGUCAGUCAUGCUGUGCCAAUCUAUGAAGGCUACGCUCUGCCCCAAGCCAUCCUCCGCCUCAGUCUGGGUGGUGCAGAUCUGACGGAUUAUCUGACGAAGAUCCUGAAUAACAGAGGCUACAGCUUAAGUGCCGCUGGUCAGCGUGACAUCAUGAAUGACAUCAAGAAGAAGCUCUGCUACGUGGCGUUAGACUUUGAGCAGGAGAUGCAGACGGCAACUUCUUCUUCGCUGGAGAAGAGCUACGAGCUUCCUGAUGGACAAGUUGUUUCCAUUGGUGACGAGAGGUUCCGUUGUCCAGAGGCACUUUUCAAGCCUAAUUUAAUUGAAAUGGAGUCAGCUGGUGUUCAUAAAAUCAUCUACAACAGUGUCAUGAAGUGUGACAUUGAUGUACGUAAGGACCUUUACGGCAGCAUCGUGCUGUCUGGAGGUUCCACCUUGUUCCCUGGAAUCACUGACCGCCUGCAGAAGGAGAUCUCUCACCUUGCCACACCUUCCAUGAAUAUCCAGAUCAUCGCUCCCCCUGAGAGACAGUACUCUGUUUGGAUCGGUGGCUCCAUCCUGGCCUCCCUCUCCUCCUUCCAGCAGAUGUGGAUCAGCAAACAGGAUUAUCAUGAAUCUGGUCCUGCUGUUGUUCACCGCAAAUGCUUCUAACCUGUUUCUUUAUGCUGGACAAUCAACAUAGAUGCUCUUAAUCUCAUGAGGACAGACAGAAACAACAAAACUAACAGUUUAAAAUAUUUCACUUAGCUGUUGUAAACUAAGAGAUGAUUUCCAAAGGAUCCCUAAAUCCAGCUAUAGAUGACGUGCAGCUGACAUCAGUGAAUCAUGUGACAACCGUAACUCCUCCUCCUCAGACGGCAAAACAAACCACUCAUAUAUAUCAUAGCUGAAAAACGUGGGGAAAAAUGUGCUGCAACGUAUUUACUGUACAUUAGGUGAACAACUGCAGGCUCUUAGUAAAUGUAUUUUUAAAAUGAUAUAUAACUAUUUCAUUAAAAAUGUUGAAUUUAGAGUGAAGGAAAACCAGGAGGAUAAUAUUCUCUUUCUCAGUGAGAAGCAGCCAAUCACGCUUCAGGGUCUCUAUGAAAGCAGCCAUAGCCCCGCCCUCUGAGAUGGAUGUGAGAAGAUAGGAUUUAUAAAAAUGUCAUGAGUCUGCUCCUCAGGCGACUGUUUAGUUUUUAAUUCAAUAAAUUAUUGAUAAAUUACAUUUAUUUAAUAAAAUAUUAAAUAAACAAAUGGAACAUUUAAAUAUUUUUGGCACUUUUAA